ACUCCCAAGGGUACCUGUCUGGAGGCAGUGAAGAUUGCCAUUGAUACUGGUUACCGCCACAUCGACGGUGCCUUUGUCUACUACAAUGAGCAUGAAGUGGGACAAGCCAUCCGGGAGAAGAUCGCUGAAGGAAAGAUCAAGCGAGAAGACAUUUUUUACUGUGGCAAGCUGUGGAAUACUUGCCACCCCCCAGAGCUGGUGCGUCCCACACUGGAGAAAACCCUGAAGAUCCUGCAGCUGGACUACGUUGACCUCUACAUUAUUGAGCUGCCAAUGGCUUUCAAGCCUGGAGAUGCACUCUACCCAAAAGAUGAAAAUGGAAAAUUUAUCUACCAUGAGACAGACUUAUGUGCCACUUGGGAGGCUAUGGAGGCAUGUAAAGAUGCAGGCUUGGCAAAGUCUAUUGGAGUAUCCAAUUUCAACCGCAGGCAACUGGAGAUGAUCAUGAACAAGCCAGGACUUAAGUACAAACCUGUCAGCAACCAGGUUGAAUGCCAUCCCUACUUCACCCAACCCAAACUCUUAGAAUUCUGCAGACAACAUGACAUUGUUAUUGUUGGGUACAGCCCAUUGGGAACCUCGAGGGAUGAAUCAUGGGUGAAUGUGUCUUCCCCUCCUUUACUGAAGGACCCUGUGCUUAACGCCAUCGGCAAGAAGUACAACAAGACCGCUGCACAGAUUGCUCUGCGUUUCAGCAUCCAGCGAGGGGUGGUGGUCAUCCCAAAAAGCUUCAAUCCACAACGCAUCAGAGAGAAUUUCCAGAUCUUUGACUUCUCCCUUACUGAGAAAGAGAUGAAAGAAAUUGAAGCCCUGAACAAAAACGUUCGUUAUGUGGAACUGUUAAUGUGGCGUGACCAUCCAGAGUAUCCCUUCAAUGAUGAAUACUAACAACAAGGUGGGUCUGGCCAGUCAAUGCUGUUAGGCUUUGCUGAGAGAGAUUCAACGUUUUUGGUGCUUUGACUUCAUGUGAGACUGUUCAAAUCAACAUUAAAAACAUGACAUUUA